UGAUAAGAUUUUUUGAGGAGAAAACUUCAAACAAUUAAUGACAAAUGCUCUCUUGUUUAUAGCAUUUUCUAACACGUUUCAUCAAUUUUUUUUGUAUACAUUGUAUAAAUAAGUACCAGCCAUGAUAGUCAAUCUGCCAAUAUUUAUUUUAUUGAGUUCCUCAAUAUUAUAUAUGCCAGGGAAAAGUGAAUAUAUUCAUAUAUCAGUAAGUAGUGAUAGAGAAAAGUAUGAAACAUUGUGGCCCUUAGAAACAGAAGUAGGUGAAUAUUCUCCAACAUGGAACAGCUUAGACAGUCGUCCACUUCCACAGUGGUAUGAUGAUGCAAAAUUUGGCAUUUUUAUUCACUGGGGUGUCUUCAGCGUUCCUAGUUUUGGCUCAGAAUGGUUUUGGAAUAAUUGGAAGGAAGAACAUGAUAGUACCAAAUACAGUGAUUUUAUGAAGCAAAGAUAUCCACCAAAUUUUACCUAUCAGGAUUUUGCUCAUGAUUUUACUGCUGAAUUUUUCAAUGCUACUCAGUGGAGUGAGUUAUUUCAAGCCUCAGGUGCAAAAUAUGUUGUAUUAACAAGCAAACAUCAUGAAGGAUAUACUUUAUGGCCUUCAAAGUACUCUUUCAGCUGGAAUUCUGUAGAUGUAGGACCACGAAAAGAUCUUAUAGGUGAAUUAUCAAGUGCAAUAAGAAGUUCAACCAAUUUGAAAUUUGGUCUUUAUCAUUCCAUGUAUGAGUGGUAUAAUCCUCUCUAUUUAUCUGACAAAGAAACUAACUUUACAACUGAGAUUUUUGUUCAGCAAAGAUUCCCUGAAUUACAUGAGUUGGUAGAAAAAUAUAAACCAGAAGUUGUAUGGUCUGAUGGUGACUGGGAAGCACCAGAUACAUACUGGAAAUCAAAGGAAUUUUUAGCUUGGUUGUACAAUGAAAGUCCUGUAAAAGACACAGUUGUUGUAAAUGAUAGAUGGGGUGCAAAUAUUCCGUGCCAUCACGGUGAUUUUUAUACAUGUAGCGAUCGUUAUAAUCCUGGAAUACUUUUACCUCAUAAAUGGGAAAACUGUAUGACAAUUGAUAGAAAAUCUUGGGGAUUUCGUAGAAAUGCUGUUUUAUCAGAAUAUUUCACUUUACCAGAAUUGGUGAAGGAAUUAGUGGUUACUGUAAGUUGUGGAGGAAACCUAUUAAUGAAUGUUGGACCAACAAAAGAUGGUAUUAUUUCUCCAAUAUUUGAAGAAAGGCUGCGUGGAAUGGGCGAUUGGCUAAAAAUAAAUGGAGAAGCUAUUUAUAAUACAAAACCUUGGAUUGCACAAAAUGAUACCUUAAAUAACAACGUUUGGUACACAUGCACUAAAGAUAAAAAACAAAUUUACGCAAUAAUUCUGGAAUGGCCAAGUAAUGAUACAUUACAUUUAGGAUCACUGGUAGUCACUGAUGGCUCACAAAUUUCCUUACUUGGAUCUAAGAAUUCUAUCGAGUGGCAACAAGAUAAAGGAAAGUUAAAUGUAUUUCUACCAGCAGAACUUAACAGAGGUCAGCCAGCAUGGGUGUUAAAAAUAGAGCAGAUAUAAACUGCUAUAUUUAAUAAUACUGAAACAUAAUAAAACAUAAUGAUUUUUCAAUGA